AAGGGGGCUAGGCUGUCACAAAAUAUCUUUACAACUUCAUUCUCACAAGGCUUAAAGCUUUAGAAAAACGAUACCGGGACCUGCAGGGAAAUUAUUGCUUAACCCUUCAGUUGAGAGAAUCCCGAACAGGAAAAAACACACCCACUGUGUAGUCGUACACAAAAAUUGCCUUGAACGAAGAAGAAAUCUCAGGAGGCACAAGAAAAACAAGAGUGCCAGAAAGGAAUUCUGACAGUCUGGGAGCAGAGUGAAGCUGGUGGAAGAAGAAUAGAGGAGUUUGGAUUUAUACGCCACUUUGUCCUACUGCAAGAAGGCUUGAAGUGGCUUAAAACUCCAUCCCUCCCCCUCCCCACAACAUACACCUUGCAAGAUAAUGGAUCGUGGCUCCAGGAAGGAAGAUGUGGAACUCAUACCCAUCCAGCGCUCAACUCUAGUGGACAUUAAGGGGGUCCCUUUGUUCGGCCCCACUUUAGAAAUCUGGGAUCCCUUGUGGGGUUUCAAAGCCAGGCCGGAUGACCUCCUCAUUUGCACUUACCCCAAAGCAGGGACCACCUGGCUUCAGGAAAUUGUGGAGAUGGUUCAGUCUGGAGGGGACCCCCAGAAAUGUGCCCGGGCUCCUAUCUAUACUCGAAUACCCUUCAUAGAGCUUGUUCAUCAUAUCCUCUCAGGCUUGAAAGAUGCCGAGGCGAUGCCCUCUCCACGCACGCUCAAAACUCAUCUCCCCGUCCAGCUCAUUCCUCCUUCCUUCUGGGAACAGAAUUGCAAGAUCAUUUAUGUGGCCAGAAAUGGCAAGGACAACGCGGUCUCCUAUUUCCACUUCCACCGCAUGGAUCAGGAAAUGCCGGAGCCGGGAACGUGGGACCAGUUUCUAGAGGAUUUCAUUGCUGGGAAGGUUGCCUGGGGUUCCUGGUUUGACCAUGUUCGGGGCUGGUGGGAAGCCAAAGACCAUCACCGGAUUCUGUAUCUGUUUUAUGAAGAUAUGAAAGAAGACCUAGCCAGGGAAAUCCGGAAGGUGGCUCAGUUCUUGGACGUAGAGCUCUCAGCACCAAUCCUGAACAAGAUUGUGCAGCAUACAACCUUUGCCAACAUGAAAACCAACCCAAUGGCUAAUUACAGCACCGUGCCUCCUUCCGUCAUGGAUCCAGCAGUGUCAUCGUUCAUGAGGAAAGGCACUGUGGGGGACUGGAAGGAACAUUUCACUGUGUCUCAAAGUGAACACCUAGACAAAGUCUGUGCACAAGAACUGGAGGGCAGCGGCCUGACCUUCCGCACAGAGCUCUAAGCACAACUUUCUGCUCAUUGUGGAAACUUUCACCCACACCUGGCUGGAUUAUAGAUUGAGUUACCAUUAAAGAAAAUAAUUUACAAAACCACAAGCAAAAGCCAGUCACAUCAAAGUUUGUGCGCGGCCUUUUUGAAUCGAUUGCUUCUGUGUCGUCAUUUGCAAAAUAGUUUUAAUAAAACCCAGGGGCUCGCU